AUGGUGGUCCGACCAGAGAGCAUCGAAGAGUGGUGCUUCCUGGUGCCGCACCUGUUCUCAGACGAAGGUUGGCAGAGAGUCGUCAAGAAGCCUUCGUCUGCACUAUUGCACUGCAGUGCCCCUUGGGGCGGGAGCUUGGUCAAGUUUGUCUUCUACGACCUUCUGGUGUUAGAUCCUCCGGAAGAUUCGGCCGAUGUCUUCAUCCGGCCGGAGACGCGAGCAUGGACAUGGAGCCGUGGCGUAGAAGCCGGGAUCGAGGGUGAGGGUCGUGAGUUGCAAGCCCUGAUCGCUCCGGGCGAUUGCUGCGAGCGCUACUGGGCAGAGUUUAAGUGGAGUCGGCUCUGCGACGCCUUGUUGGGCAUGCUUCAGCUGCCUCAGGCGACCGACAGCUUGCGAUUCGCACCAAAGGCCCUGCCAGUUGAAACGCGGGAGCGGCUUCGGCGCAACUUUCCGGAGAUGGGCGAUUGCUCUCUCCUGUGGGGCGACGAGGACCAGCUGUACGAUUGUGUCGUACUUUGCCGCCGACAGGAGUCUGGGCACUAUCUGUUGCAGCACAUCUCGUGGACGGUAAGAGUGCGCCUCCCCUGUUGGGCUCUACCACCUCUGCGUUUGACGCUCGACGUUUUCAGGGCCUCGGCGAACUGGUACCUGAACCGGCCUCAGAUUCUCACAGAGCGGCAAAGGGACAAGACACUCUACCUGGUGCUGACCCUCACAAGCUUUAAUUGGAAGUGGCCGCUGAUCCCUGCCCAUGACCCCGGAAGGCUCGGUGAGCGCAUCAGCGUUUAUCAGUCUUUGGAUGGGCAAGAGGUGCUGCCCUACCAGUGCGUUCUGCAGCGGGAGGACUGGCAUCGAGUCAGGGAGCGCUUUCGCGCAGCUUACCGCUUGCACAAGACUGCUUGCCGGCACGCCUAUGGUGGGAAAGCAGCGCCGAGAAUUCUCGAAGACACGACUCCGCGGUUUUGUCGCGAGGUCAGCUUGCGCUCUCUACAUCAGCGCCUUGAGCGGGCACAAUAUCGCAAUAGGCUCGUGGUGCGCAACACAUUCCUGGAGAGGGAGGAGGACGGCCUGGAGGGAGCUUUCGAUGCUGGGCGUGUAAAGGUGUGCAUGCACAGUGCAGAAAUGCGCAGUUCGUUCGCGGCACCCACAAGUUUUUGCAGGGAUUCGCAGGCUGAUGUGGUUGUCGAGGGAAGCUGCCAGUGGUUCCAGGCAUUGCUGCUGCAGGUGCAGGAAGAGCACGACCGCCAGCAGUCCGCGCUGCGCCGCGAGGUCGCACGGCUGCGCAGCGAGCUGUGCGACCGCGCGAUCGGAGACAAGGGGGAGCCUUGGGUGCCCUCGGAGCGGUCUACAGAGGACGAGAAAGUGGAGGCGGAGGUCGUCGCCUUGCGAAGCUCGGAUGGCCCUCUGCUGCAACUCUCCGGCGUGAUUCCGGUCGCCCCCCUGCCUCAGAAGCCAAAGGUGGUGUCGUUCGACGAUCCCGUGCCCGCCGGCUCUGCUUUCCUGAGUGAAGCUUCGCAGGUUGAAACCAUCCGCAGCCGCGCGAGCCUGGACAGCAAGGCCACCUUCCGACAGCGCGACGUUUGGCGCUCGGAGACUGGAGUCCUGGACCAAGAAUGGUCCCCGCAGCACUACAUCAAGGGCCACCAGACCUUGAAGAGGAAGCAGGAGAACCUCUUCCAACGCAGUGCCCGCACCAUGGAGAUGAUCCCUUCAGUGAAUUGCGGCUCUUGUCUCCUGCUCCUACAUCGUCGUCCUAUCCCGCCCUCGACGCCCCUCCGCUUGGUUUGGGACUUGAGCGGCCUCGCACUCAUCAUGUAUGACAUCUGCGCGAUCCCGUUGGAGGCCUUCGACUUUCCAAGGAUUCUCCUGCAGGAUGUGAUGGAUUGGCUUGCUUUGAUUUUCUGGACGGUGGACGUGGCAUUCAGCUUUGUCACGGGCUACUACCACAAUGGCCAGCUAAUUUUGGACCCCCACAAGAUCGCCAUUCAUUACCUGACCACCUGGUUCUUCCUGGAUAUUGUCUCAAGCCUUGCAAGUGCUUCCUGCGCUGCGGUGUUGGAUGUUAAGGGUGGAUAG